AUGGAUUCAGAAGAUGAGGUGCAAGAUGUAUACCCUCCGGAAACAGUACUAGAGAAAGCGGAUAUAGAGGUCGAACAGCAAGACAAUGAAAGUGACAAUCAGGCCCAAGAUUCUACAUCUAAUAUGGAAGAUUUUGAAGAAAUACAAACUGGAAAACGUAAUAGAGAUGCCUUAGAUGACACAUAUGAUAAUAUUAAUGUAAAAAGAAUAAUCAUGUCACAAUCUACACAAGCUAGCCAAGAGUCACAACGCCAAACCGAUACACCUUCCCCAAAUACCAUCACCUCAACACCUCUGUCCACUCCCAACUCAUUGCAUUCUUCGAGUUUCCUACACGAUCAUUCAGCUUCGGGGCAAACGGGUAAACAUAAAUCCGCCUUUCUACCAUAUCGACCACAGACCACCGUCCUCACCAAUCUUCAAAGAGGUAAUACAGAAGCCACAUUUUGUCCCGUUGAAGUCAAACUAUCAUUUCAUGAACGGGCCGGACAAGGUGAACUGACAGAUGAACAAAUUUUACAGCAGAAAGCCAUAAAUAUCGACUUUAAAGAUAGUUUCGGGUUUACACCUUUGCAUUGGGCCUGUUACUAUGGCCAAUUUGCCACAGUGCAAUCAUUAGUUGAGGCCGGGGCCAAUAUCAAUGAAGAGGCCCCGGAAAUGGUUACCCCUUUAAUACUUGCCGCCUCGGGUGGUCAUCAUGAAGUUGUCCGGCUACUUUUGGAUAAGGGUGCUGAAUCUACACAUAUGGAUAUUGUGGGUAAUACAGCUUUAAUGUAUGCCGCUGCUGGUAAUCAUCCGCAUACUUGUAAUGAGAUAUUAUCCCGUGACCCGGAUAUGACGGCGACAAAUGAAAAUGGUGAUACGGCCUAUGCUUUGGCCAUAGAGAAUGGUUCCACCCUAUCACAAGCUGUCCUAGAACAAUAUUUAACUGCAGUUUUGUCAUUAUGA